AUGGAGAAUUACUUUUCCAAACAAAUAAAUCAUGAACGAUUUGAAAAAAACAAUCAGAUUAGGAGGAGAAAUAUUCACUCUGACCAACAAAAUUUUGAAAAUGAUAUAAACAAUAUCUCUUCACAUCAUGGAUCGAAGUUAGUUGGCCAUGUUACAGACAUACACGGGCAUAACGCGCAAAUUCAUGAAUGCACAAUGGAUAACAACAUGAUUCACACCGGAACUCCCUAUAUGAGCAACUCCUUAUCCCCCAAAUCUGGACUAUUUUUGCCCAACCUGUCAAAUUUGAAAAUUAGUCGCUUGAAAAAGGCCGGUAAGGUUUGUGUCAAGACUAUCAGAAGGAAGUUGAACUCCAUAGUGCAGGUCUAUGAUUCACAAAAUCUUAUGCAUAAUGGAAUAACUGCUAAGGAGGCAUCAGAUGCUAUGGCAUUAGGGCCCAUAAAAUCCCAUCGCGAAUUUGCCAUGUUAACCGAAAAUUUGUUGGCUUGGGGCGGUGGUACGUAUAUCACUCAAUUCGUCAGUAUCAAAAAUUUUGCAGAAUUGACACCACUAUCUUUUUUUGAAAACCAAAUUAUCAACCAACACAUUGCAAUUAGAUUGGUUGAUUACAUGUGUGAUCUACCAGUGUGUAAGAAAUUUACCGUCAAAUAUAUAAAUUGGAAGCUUCGGUUUUCCAAGAUUCCCGAAGAAUACAUACUUUCGGUUGAAUAUCUUGGAUUUUGUAUUAAAAACUUAGGCGCAGGAUUUCCUACAUUCAUAACAAGGUCACUAAUGAGGUCUCUGGGCAAAUUGCUAAAGAUAACUACUUUUAAAUACUCUUUGGCACGGGAUAUGAAGAAACAAUUCGCUAAAAUAAUUUCUGGCUCUUCUGGCCAUCAGGGAGUGGCUACAGACCCCCGGAUACAUGCUCUUAAAAGUAAAAUACUAUUUACAAUCCAACUAUGCCACGAUGCUUUCCUUAUGCAACAAGCUUUAUACCCCGACUUCUUCCUAGAAUACAGAAGAAUGCGCAUGAAAGGCAUAAAAUUCCCAAGGAUCCCUCCUGGAUCUCGUUACAUGAUCAAGGAUGUUGAACUGAUUACAUCGUCUAGGGAAUUAAAAUUGCCAAUUGACAUGAAUGUACUAGCUGACAUUUCUAAUAUUGUAAGUAGGUUUUCAAAUGGGGAGGAUGAUGAAAAUUUAAAGUCAAUGUUAACUUUGAGUAAGGGGAAGAUUUUAGAAUCAAUCAACAUCCUUUCAGACAUGAGCAUUCAGGAAUUCAAUGAGAUUCAAUUCAUAAAGGAUGGAAACCUACAGUAUGAAGAUUUUAUGGACAAACUGUUUAAACUAAACGACUCCAUUGAUGAAUUACUUUCAAGUCCAAAAGUUUUGCAAGAUUUACUACAGUUUGAUUCGAAUGAGGAGGAUGAAGAAGAAGAGAAGAUGAACAAGGAACUGGCUGAAAUUUUUUCAAUGCCAUACAAUGUAUUUGAACCAGUAUCAGUUGAAUCUGUUAGUGCCAAUGAAUACUCCUGUCCCACACUCCCCAAUGAUAAUGCAUGGUCUACGACUAGGAAUGGAGAUGAUGACUUUGGUUCCAAACAAACUGAACUAUCUUCAUACUACCAACAUACUUCUUCCACACUUACCAACAACUUAACAUACCACCAACAACACGAUUCUUCCAAUGAACAGGCAACAUACUUAAAUACAGUUGCGUCAAAUGGUUCAGGCAAAUCUAAUGGUGAGGAUGAGGGUGAUGACAAUGGUAAUGAAUCAGGAUAUGAAAGUAACAAUGAAAAUGACUAUUCAAAUGCCGAAGAACCAAAAUAUGCCAGCAAUAAACUGAAUCUAGAUGAAAUAAUGAAGACGCUGGAUCAAAUACAAAGCGAGCUGUGA